CGUGAUUGUGACACAUGGUGUUGUAUAAAUACACAUAUUUUAUAUGCUGUACAUUGUGACUCAGUAUUACAACUAACUGUCGGAACAAAAAUGAUGUUAAAGUCAUGGAUGUUGCUCAUAUUUCUCUCUGGUCAUUGCUGCUUUGUAGUCAAAGAUUCCAAUGUGCAGUAUUUAUAUGGUGACGAGAAAAAAAGAGAAAUCCCCGAGCCUGUGUCUCUUUCUAAACGAGUUACUAAAACGCCUCUAGAACUGGUGAAGAAAGCAUAUUUCAUAGAGUCAAGAAAACUUUGGGACAGCACCUAUCUCUUGUCAAAAGAAUCGCUUUUCUUUUAUCCAAGCUUCGGCCAGGCCAUGUGUGGAAUGGUUGGAGGCUAUCUGGCGGAAAUCGACGGAGCAGUGGAGCGUGACUUUAUCAAGUCGUUUUUAUCAAGUCACGCAUCGAAAUUUCAAUAUGUUGUAACAGGGGGCACGGAUGAAGACAAAGAAGGGACUUGGGUUAACCGAUACAGCCAAACUCAAGUUGCAUCUCUUUGGUUUAUCGGUCAGCCGGAUAAUUUUCAAGGAAGCCAGAACUGCCAAAGUUUCGUGAAACAGAACGGUUGGGUCUUAGCGGACAGCUCUUGUGUGUCUAACGGUAGAGAUGUUGGAUUCUUGUGUGAAGUUAAAGAUGAUUCGACCCAGUACGUCUCCUUCGACAUGACGGAUCAAUUGGCUUCGUUAAAAAACAAUAAAUGAACGUGUAAAUCGUAGUUUUAAAAUUAUAAAUAAAACAAAAUGUCCCAG